AUGAAUAUUCACGACAACAUAUCUGAAUUUAUGGAGAACAUAAACGGUGCUAUUAAUGGUUCUAUAUCCAAAGACUGGCUUUUACCGAAGCGAAGCAUUGUAAUUGAUAUUUCAUUUAUUAUUUUAGCAUUAGUUAUUACAGUCAGCAAUGUCAAAUGUGUCUAUAAGAUUGGUAAAUCAUUUCGAAAAUAUAAAAGUAACACAUUUUAUAGCGCCGCUCGUUUACUGAUGACCUUGUUAGUCGUUGUCAACACAUCAUUUUUGAUACUAAUUUCAUCAAUCAUAGUUCCUAGUCAAUUGGUUGGUUAUUGGAUUGGUGGUAUUUAUACUUGCAAUACUGUAGGAGUCUUAAUCGAGAUAUGGACAAAUUUUGUUACAUUAUUAGCUACUAUCAUCAGUUUGGAGAGAUACCUAGCCAUUAAAAAGCCAUUCCGCUAUAAUAAUUUAUGUAGUCCAUGGAAGAUUAAACUAUUAUUAAUUUUCAUAUUAAUCAUCAGCUCGCUUGUUGGAAUAUUAUCUCUAUUUUUAAAUAGAUUUGCUUUAAUCGCUUACGUUCCUGUCUGUCAAAUCGUUAUUGAUAAUGUACACGAUAUUAAUUCUUUGGAAUAUGCUACUCUGUGGCUAGAUAUGAGCUGUUUUAUUCCUUGCUGUGGCAUUUUACUGUUAACAACAAUGGAAGUUUUACUAGAAUUGAAGCAAAUGUCAGUUCGAGUUAGAAAUCUAUCCGUUAUACCAUUACCUUUAUCCCAAUACGGUCAUAAUCGAGAUCUUCGGCAAACUAAGAGAUUGGCGAGAAUUGUAAUUAUGAUAACGGUUCUGCAUCUAUUAUGUUGGAUUCCUCAAAGAAUAUGUACUUACAUACAGCGCUUGAGCGGUAUCGAUCAAGCAAGCUAUGUAUUCUACUCUCACGUUUCCGUUAUAACAAAAAUGCUAGACAUGUUAGUUGUGCCAUUGGCUAUAUUCUGGAGUCAGCAAAAAUGUAUUAGCAAGAAACGUCGGUCAAGAAUUGGAAAGUCGUUACCAUUGGUUCCGCCAUAA